CAGAGCCAGCUAAAAGUUAGACAUUCAAUCCCUGACUCAACUCUCAUACCGACUUUGGCGUUGUGUAUCUGACCUCAUUCCCGUGCGGAUAUGGAUAGUCCACCGAUUGUCAUAUCGAGAGAUGAAGUAAAACGUGUCUUGCGUUACAUAGAUCUUAUUCCAAGGUUGGAGUCAGCGCUGGCAAUAUUCUCCAGAAAGAAUAGUUUGGAGAUAAUUCAACCUCUACGGAGCGUGAUCCCCUUGAGCAAAUACAAUGGAUUCCUGGGACUUAUGCCUACGUACAUGGAACAAGAAGGAAUCCUGAGCACUAAGAUGGUGUGUUUUUACAAGAGAGAAGAUGGUUCAACUCUGCCGUCCACACAAGCCACUGUGCUCUUGUUUGAUCCAGAGUAUGGAAAUGUCAAAGCUAUAAUAGAUGGAGAAGUCAUCACCGCUAUGAGAACCGCAGCAGCAUCGGCCAUUUCUGCCAAGUGGUUGAUGCCUGCCCAGGCUGAAGUGUUGGCCAUCCUUGGAACAGGGAAUGAGGCCCUCAGCCACUACAAUGUCUUCACAGAAAUAUUCACUUUUAAAGAGGUGCGUGUGUGGAGCAGAACGAGGGAGAGGGCGGAGGCUUUCAGCCGAUCUGUGGCUGGUCCUGUGAAAGUUUGUGUCACGGUGGAGGAGGCUGUAAAAGAUGCAGACGCUAUAGUGACCGUUACCAGGGCAACCCAACCCAUUUUGUUUGGAAAAUGGAUCAAACCGGGAGCCCAUGUGGCAGCGGUAGGGGCGUGCAGGCCAGAUUGGCGUGAAUUGGACGACGAGUUGAUGAGGGAGGCUGUGGUGUAUGUGGACAGCCGGGAAGGUGCCACAACCGAGUCAGGAGAUGUCAUCCUGUCUGGGGCCACAGUUUUUGCAGAGCUUGGGGAGGUUCUGAAUGAAACGAGACCAGCCCUCAGAGAAAAGACCACAGUAUUCAAAUCACUUGGUUUGGGAAUUGAGGAUGCCGUUUCUGCCAAGCUUGUAUUGGAGCGGUGGGAGGCCACAGAAUAAAUACAGGACUCUGCAAAGAAGGAAUGGUUGCCAUGGAUAUUGUAUUUGGUGCCUUUUUUUUUUUUUAACUCCAGCUACAUAAAAAAUAUGAUUGUCUCCGAGAACUUAACUUAAACAUGCAUCUAAAUAGCCCUAUUGUUUUGAACAGGUCAUAUCAGUUGUAGACAUAUACAAGGGACAAUUUUAAAUGAAUUUAUUUGCUUUUUUAAAAAUUCUGCUACAUUGUCAAAAAUAAACACACAUUUAGCAAGAUAAAAGUGUGUGCUUUCAUUUUUCAGAUGGAACACUGCUAGAAUUAAUGAGUUAAAUCGCCUCCUCUAAUGCAACUGUGCCCUUUGAACAAUGCUCAUUUAAAAAGAAUAGAAAAAGCAGAUCUAUUAAAAAGUCCUGAAAUUAUCAUUGGAAGUAUGCAACAGAACAAAGACUCUCGAACGUGAACUUACAAUACGGUUAUAUACCCGGCGAUGGAAUGGCCAAGGUCAACAUGCCUUCUGCCACACAACACCUCUACAGAGAUGGCGACGGUACUAUGGCUAGAAGGUAAAUCCAGUUACAAAACAUAUGGAGGCUAUACUGAAUAGUGUUACGCGUUAACGUUAUAUGACACGGUAGCGUCAGGAUGUCGUGUACGACUCAAAAGUAUGUUCAGCCAAUGAGGAGCCUUCAACCUCUCUCUCUUGACUCGUUAAUAAGCACUACAGAAGACUUCAUUGUGCCCACACGCGCGCGCACACACUUGCGCCCUCUCUCUCUCUCUUCAAUCCGAAACACUGUUGGUACUG